ACUUGACCGGCACGUAUUUCUGCUUUAGCCAUUAGAUGGUGCUUCGCCAUGGAGAUCAGCCACUCUGUUAAGGAGCGCACCAUCUCUGAAAACAGUCUGGUGAUCCUGCUACAGGGCCUCCACGGGCAGGUCACCACAGUGGAGCUGCGGAACGAGAGUGUGGCUGUGGGCCGCAUCACCAACGUCGAUGCCUUCAUGAACGUCCGCUUGGCUGAGGCAACGUUCACAGACCAGUAUGGCUGCUCCUCCUGGAUGGACAGCCUCUUCGUGACAGGAAGGAACAUUCGCUAUGUCCACAUCCCCGAUAAUGUAGAUAUCAGGACCACAAUUGAGAAACAGCUUCAGCUCAUCCACAGAGUCCGCACCUUUGGUGGUAGAGACAAGGGGAGGAAGGAGUUUCUCAGGUCAAAGGACAAAUGAAUGGGACUGGCAGUGUGCCCUGACCUUAUUCUGUCCAUUCUGGUUGUUCUGCAGUAAAAUAUGCUCUCUUGAGUUAGGGCUUCACAUG